AUGGUUUAUUUUGAUCGACAGCUUUUGCGCAUGAUCCGUGAGGAGAUUCUACCCCAUUCCGCUGCUCUGCCUAAAGACUUCAUGGCACGAGUCAUGGCGCUCCUGAACAGAGGCUCAAUUCACUCAGCUGCAGACGCCACUUUUAGCGGAACGGAUGCUAACGGAUUUCCUCUUCGUGAAGAGUUUGCCAAGUCUUGUUUCGAAACUUUGCUACAGUUUUCGUUCGUCAACGGAACAUCUGAAGUGGAUCAACUUGCAGAGCAGUCGGACGGCAAGGUGUCAGAAUUGGCCCUGGACGCUCUACUGAGACGAUGUAGCGACGUUGUUGUUAAAUAUGUGGAAGAUGAGAAACUGAGCGGAAAAUGUCCUUUACCAAGAACGCGUAUGGCGGAGAUGUCUUUUGUCAUGAAAGCCAUUAGUACGUUGCUGUCAUCCUUGAAAAGAGCUGUGAAGGAAAAUCCUACCGUUGUGGACGCGCAGAUCUGGGAACAAGUCGUUGAGUUGUACCCGCGUCUUGUGGAAUGUACCGUUUGUAACUCCACCCCCGUCCGCCGAGCUUUGCGAGAGGCGUUACAGGAGUACGCUGACCUGGUAAAACCGCCCAUUCGUGUGUCGAAAGCUGUAAAUGGUAAACGUUAA